GGACAUGUCGCGCUUCAAAGAGCACGUGGACAAACUGACCCGCGUCUAUGAGCGUUACACCGAGUACGUGAGGAGGAACCCGGCCGCCACGGCUCAGCUGGAGAGCACCGUGAGGACCAUGUCCUACCUGAUAGCAGGGCGAUUUGCUGAUUCCCAUGAAAUAUCUGAACUAGUUUACUCUGCCUCCAACCUCCUGGUUCUGUUCAACGACAGCAUUCUGCGCAAAGGGCUGAGAUGUGCUCUCCCUGCGACUCUGUCUCAGCAGAGACUCCUGACCUGGCUCUCUGUGCUGGAGUAUGUGGAGGUUUUCCUGGAGAUGGGAGCCUGCAAGCUGUGGGGGGACGUCGGCCGCUGGCUGGUGAUCGGACUCAUUCAGAUUUUUAAGACAAUCUUUCGCUUCGUUCUCCUUCUGUGGUACAAAUCCGGGAUCCAGACUUCACCUCCCAUAAUCCCCCUGGACAGAGGGGCCGACCUUGGCAGUGAAGACGACGAUAACGGCGAGCCGGAAGAUGCAACCUGCUUCGUGGGUCAGAGGUCAGGACGAGUCAUUAGGCCGCUGGGCAGUGGUCCGUCCCUGCAGGCCCGGCUGUGGGGAGCACCGAGUCAGAAGAAGAGCAGCAGCUUGAAGGAGAAGCUCCUCAGCAAACCGACACAGCUCAGGCUCCAGGAGAGCAUCGCUGAGACGGUGUACAUCGGGCGGCCGCUCAUCCACCUGCUCUGCCUCGGACUCUGUGGAAAACAGUCCUGGAAACCGUGGCUCGUAUCCGGUGUCCUGGAACUUUCCAGCUUUGCCGUCCUGAACGAAAGCAGAUUUGAGAAUCGAUGGGAGCGAGCGGAGAUGAGGAGGAGAACGUUCCUCCUGCUCUACUACCUCCUGCGUUCACCUUUCUAUGACAAAUUCUCUGAAGAAAAGAUUCUCUUCCUGCUCCGACUCCUCGCUGAUCAUGUUCCGGGAAUCGGGCUUAUUGCACGCCCUCUGAUGGAUUACCUUCCCACCUGGCAGAAGAUCUACUUCUACAACUGGGGAUAAAACCGCAGUGGAUUUAUUUUCUAUUUGUUGUGGGGCAGCGGCGAUAAAGGACGUUUGGGGUCGUCACUACAGGUUCAGCCCCAGAUUCCUGCUGUAACUCCCCAGUAAUCAGAGAAAAGGCUGUGGAGGCGACUUCCACUGCUGCACCUUCUUCUAACGACACUUCCUGUUUCCUGUCAGAGAUAAAACACGAUCAUCCUGACGACAUUUCAAAGAAUCUGAUUUUCUUUCCAACACUACAAAGAGGACAAUAUUUUCUUUAAGACCUUAAUAAUUGAGUUCUUGAUUUGCGCACGUCUGUACGAUGAAGACACGGAUGAUGCAGUUUUUAUUGUCUUGUUUCAUUAUCUCUAUUCUUGCCUGAAGCUCUGUCAGUGAUUUGUCCGUCAUUCGUUUGCUGAGAGAAAACUUUACACUGAGCAGCAACAAGUGAGAAGUUCACCAGCAGGAGUAAGAUUCGAAUUCAGUGUCGGGAAGUUUUUCCUGCAGAUUCACACGCAAAUAACUGAGCUACUGAAAAGUGUCAGGGCCAAACGUGAGAAACCGGUAUGAGGAGGAAGGAUUUUCUUCCUUUCGCAGUUCAAGAAUAAAGUAGAACUAAAUCAGAGGAUAUUUAAUCUAAUAAGAUAUUUUGUUCAGGUGGUCGUUUGUACAAACGUUUAUUUUCUUAACUGUUCCACUUUAAUCUUGAAAUUUUGAGGUAAUUCUCCACAUGCUCAGAUUGUUUUGGACUUUUUUCCUCAACAUUUUGUAUUUGUCCUUUAAAUCCAAAAACCUCGUCCUCUUUUCAUUUGUACGUCUCUGCAUGAUUGACACUCAGUUUCCAGAUUGUCCGUCAGUCUCGUGAACACGAUCAAAGGUCACUGAACUCAAAACACGUCAGAGGCACAAAGUCCAACUGCAGGUGGUGAUUCGAGGUUUUCUUGAGCUUGAAAACAAAUGACACAACAAAGAGGUUCAAGACUAUUUGUGUGUCAGUCAAUGACUUGGACACAGCGGAGGUUUCAAAUCUUUAUUAACAUACUGAAUAAGUUUCUUUUUGUAGCCUACAAAUAAAUAGUUGAAUGUUUCAUCCUUUCAA